AUGUGUUUGAAGAGUGGCAACACUGCAAGGUUUGCUGUGGGAAUACUUGGUGUCUUUGGAUGGGCUCUGACACUCUCCUCAGCCACGCAAGUGGGUCUGAGCGACAAAGUCCUGGUGUUCCCUUAUGAGACGGACUUCAGCUUCGUGGCCCUGAUCCCGCAGAAGGAGAUGGGGCUAAGGGCCUUCACUCUCUGCAUGCGUGUGGCCACUGAGCUGCCGGAAGAACGUCAGAUCAUCCUGUUCGCCUACCGCACAGCCGACUACGACGAGCUCAACGUGUGGCGUGAGAAGGACGGACGCAUCUCCUUUUACAUGAGUGGCGACGGCAUCACCUUCCACCUGCCGCAGCUCACCACAUUCCGCACCAGCCUCUGCCUGACCUGGGAGUCUCGCACGGGCCUGUCUGCUUUCUGGGUGGAAGGGAAACGCAGCACGUACCAGGUUUACAAACCCGGGCACAGCAUCCGUCCAAAAGGCACCGUCCUUCUGGGGCAGGACCCAGACAAACACUUGGGGGGUUUAGAGGCCGUGCAGAGCUUUGUAGGGGAGGUGACUGAUCUGAAUAUGUGGGACUUUGUGCUCUCCAGGAGCAUGAUCCAGGCCUGGCACUACGGGCACAAGGUCCCCAAGGGCAACAUCUUUGACUGGGGCACCAUGGAGUACGAGCUGAACGGGAACGUGAUGGUGGUGGAUGAUGACUGA